ACAUUGUAACUCAUUUACCGUUAUGGACCAAUCAGAUGUGGAGUUUGAACUCAAAUAUGCAAGGAAUCCUUUAGAGGGAAUGUCAGCGUGCAGGCAGGCAGAUCUACGGCUGCCACUCUCGAGCAUGGGAACCAUGCCCCUGUCUCGUGUCUGUGGGAUAUUGGUUCUCCUCAGCUUUGAUCUGAUUUCCAUCCCCCCUCCUUGCCACGGAGGGAACAUUCUGGUGUUCCCCAUUGACGGCAGCCACUGGAUCAACAUGAAGCUGCUGCUGGAGGAGCUUCAUGCCAGAGGACACAGCAUCACUGUGAUCCGGGGCAGCACCAGCUGGUACAUCCCAGAGGAGUCUCCUCUUUACACUUCCAUUACAAUAAAAAUGGAUGAGAGUAUGGAGAACUUCUUUGAUGAGUUCCUGCAGCAACACAUGAAGGCGCAGAGAGACGGGGCGUCAAUUCUAGCUUCAAUCAAAAUAGCAACUGAUUUCCUCUCCAUGAUAACUCAGGUUCAUUCUCUCUGGUAUGGUGCCAUCAGUCAAUUAUUAGAUGAUGAAAAUAUGGUCAAAAGAUUAAGGGACGCCCAAUAUGAUCUUGUUCUUACUGACCCGGCCAUAGCACCAGGAGUUCUGUUAGCAAAGUAUCUCAAACUGCCCCUGGUGUUAAAUGUUCGGUGGAUCCCCGGCGGAGACGGACAAUUUGCGAUAGCCCCCUCCCCACUCUCUUAUAUCCCAGUGCCAGGAUCGGGUUUAACCGACAAAAUGAAUUUCAUGCAGAGGAUCAAGAACCUAUUUUUCUACAGCAUCAUAUUGUUCCAGAACAAAUUCUUGAUCGGGCCAAUAUAUGAUGUUGCCUGCAAUAAAUACAUUGAGGGUGAAUGUGACAUCAUCUCGAUGCUUCAGGAUGCAGACAUAUGGCUGUUCAGGUCAGACUUUGUGUUUGAUUUCCCUCGGCCCACGAUGCCGAACGUCAUCUACAUCGGAGGGUUCCAGUGCAAACCGGCCCAGCCGCUGCCAGCGGACCUGGAGCAGUUCGUUCAGAGCGCUGGGGAGCAUGGUGUGAUCAUCAUGACUCUGGGAACCUUGGUGAACGCUUUACCCAAAGAGGCUGCAGAAGAGAUUGCCAGCGCCUUUGCCAAGAUGCCUCAGAAGGUGAUAUGGCGACACAAAGGGGAGCGUCCCUCCACUUUGGGAAACAACACGCUCAUCAUGGACUGGAUGCCGCAGAGGGACCUCCUGGCUCACCCUCAGACCAAAGUCUUUGUAGCUCAUGGAGGAACCAACGGAGUCCAGGAGGCCAUUUACCACGGGGUGCCCGUGGUCGGUAUACCCCUGUUCUUUGACCAGUUUGACAACCUUGUUCGUUUGAAGGAGAGAGGAGCUGCCAAGAUCAUUGAGCUGGGCGAUCUUAAUGGACAGAGUUUCAAACAAGGUCUUCAGGAGGUGCUCCUGCAGGAUAGCUACAGACAGAACAUGCAGAGACUGUCUAGCUUGCACAGAGAUCAGGCAAUAGCACCCAUGGAUCACGCUAUCUUCUGGGUGGAGUAUGUGAUCCGUCACAAAGGGGCAGCACACCUGCGUACGGAGGCUUAUAAGAUGCCCUGGUACUCGUACUAUAGUUUAGAUGUUCUGUUAGUGUUGCUGACUGCUGCGGCUGCACUGCUGUUCUGUACUAUGGCUGUUUUCUGGUUAUUAUGCUGCAGAAGUAGAAGGAAGACAAAAACCAAAGCUGAAUGAGCCUUGAAAUGUUUAGAUAUCUGCUUGAAUGGUCCUUUAUGGUACAUUAUUUGUACGUAUUUGUUAUAGUAGAAGUAAAAUGACAACCAGUUAACUGAUUUAGUAUGUAUAUACAUUUAAAUAUAAAUAUAGCCCUAUAAAAAUAGUAGAGCCUCUUUCCUGUUUCAAUAUUAGCUAUCAACUGUUUCUUCAUAGAUUCAUAUUUUUGGUUAAAAAUGUAUAAUUGCUGUCUCAUCUACACAAGUCUUUAAAUUUAUAUCCACUAUAACAUUAAAACAUAUGGAACCGAAAACUCCAA